UAGGUUCAUGAAAUUGUUGAUAGGAUUUCUUUGGACGAAAUGGUUGAAGGUUUAAAUCACGAAGUGAUUUUAUCACGUUAAUCUAGAAAAAACAAAAAUUAACAAUUAACAAUUAUCAUAAAACAUCUAAAUACAAUUACUUAGUACCUAGGAUGGAGAGCGAAAGCAUUGUAAAUUCUGAUCAUGGCGAUGAUGAUGAUGAAACCCAUUAAUCUUCACUUUUCUGACUUGAAGAAACUCAGAAAUCCAUAUCCAAAUUCACGCCCACAGCACGCCCGAUCACCCAAUUCGUUACUGAUCAGAAAGUCGCUUGAAACCAAUCACAGUUUACUCGAACCAUCUCAAGAGUUUGCUCGCUCACUGAUCCAUGAAUUCAACCCCCAUAUCCCAAUUGAAGAAGCCCUAACCCCACCAAGCUCAUGGUACACAUCCCCUUCUUUUCACUCUCUGGAACUCAAUCAAGUCUUCUUCAGAGGAUGGCAGGCCGUUGGAUGCACCGAGCAAAUUCAGGAGGCUAACAGUUUCUUUACUGGAAGAAUAGGAAACAUAGAAUAUGUGGUAUGUCGUGAUGAAAAUGGCAAAUUACGUGCAUUUCAUAAUGUGUGUCGCCACCAUGCCUCUCUUCUCGCCUCUGGAAGUGGAAAAGGAUCUUGCUUUGUAUGCCCUUAUCAUGGAUGGACAUAUGGAUUGAAUGGAGCACUUCUGAAAGCAAGCAGAAUAACAGGGAUAAAAAACUUCAAUGUCAAAGAAUUUGGACUUGUUCCAUUGAGGGUAGCAAUUUGGGGGCCAUUUAUUCUUCUUGAUUUGGAAAAAGAUAAGUUUGAUGAACAUGAUGAUGUGGGAAUGGAGUGGCUUGGUAGCACUUCUGAGAUACUAAGUACAAAUGGUGUUGAUACUUCACUAAGUUAUCUUUGUAGACGUGAAUACACCAUUGAAUGUAAUUGGAAGGUUUUUUGUGACAAUUACUUGGAUGGAGGGUAUCAUGUACCUUUUGCACAUAAAGAUCUUGCAUCAGGUCUUAAGCUAGAUUCCUAUUCCACCACAGUAUAUGAGAAAGUAAGCAUCCAGAGAUGUGAUGGAGAUGAAGACUUUGAUAGACUCGGAUCAAAAUCUCUAUAUGCUUUCAUUUAUCCAAACUUCAUGGUGAAUAGGUAUGGGCCUUGGAUGGACACAAAUCUGGUUCUUCCAUUGGGACCCAGGCGAUGCAAAGUGAUAUUUGAUUAUUUCCUUGAUGCAUCUCUUAAGGAUGAUGAAGCUUUUGUAACAGGGAGUUUAAAAGAUAGUGAACAAGUUCAGAUGGAAGAUAUCACACUCUGUGAAUCAGUCCAAAGAGGGUUGGAAUCACCAGCUUAUGGUAGUGGUAGAUACGCGCCUAUGGUAGAGAAGGCUAUGCAUCAUUUUCACUGUCUCUUACACCAAGAUCUCAUCAACUGAUAUUAUGCAUUUAAAAAAAAAAACAUCUUUAAGUCUAUCAUUUUGAUUUCUAUUAUGGCAUGUAGUUUGUAUAUUGAUUGUGAUAUAUCAACAAUGUGGAUCGAAUUAAGUA